AUGGUUGUGCAGGCCCAGCUGGACAAACAGGACAGGGUCACCGAGUCAGAGCAGAAUGAGGAAGUUCUGCAAGUUCCUGGAGGAGUGGACCAGGGCCUGACUUUAAAGGGCAGCACUGCCUGUUUGGAAAUAUGUGAUGGAGGAAAGCCCCAGGAAGCCUCGAGCUCCCCACCGAGAUGUGAACCAGAGGGUGGCAAUGCCUUCUGGGAGACCCGUGACGAAGAAGGACCACUGGAAGCCUCCAGCUCCCCGCUGAGAUGUGAGUCAGUGUCCAGUGAUCUCGAAGCUCCCCAAAUGACUGAUGAGGAAGAACCAGAGGAGGGACCCAGCCAACCCCCAGGUGACGGAGAAG